GAUUUUUAUUUUAUUUUAUUUAUUUAAAAUAGCAUCAGCCUUCUCCUAUAAAUACCCAUCCAUCGUAAGUUGGUAGCAUACCAUAAGCAACAGCAACCAUGCCCAUACACAAAUCUCUCCCCUUUGCUUUUCUACUCAUUUUGUUAGCCUUUCUUUCUUUCAAAGCAAUAUCAUUUGCAACAGCAGCACCAUCAUCCGCACUCUCAGAAGUAGAGGCUCUCAUGAAAUGGAAAGCCAGCCUCUCGGCAGCACAAGCUCUCCAUUCAUGGUCUCUUCCUUCUGCUAAUUCUACCACCAACAUAAUCUCUCCGUGCAACUGGACUGGGAUCUCAUGCAACAUCCUUGGAAGUGUAACAAGGAUAAGCCUACCGAGUCUAGGUUUGCAAGGUAAGCUUGAUAACUUGAGUUUCCCGUCAUUUCCAAACCUCCUUCAUCUUGAUCUCAGCGACAACACACUCAUAGGAACCAUUCCAGCCCAUCUUGAACCUCUUUACAAACUCACGUCCCUGAAUCUGUCUGCAAAUGAAAUAACUGGAUCAAUACCUCUGGAAAUAGGGAAUCUUGUGAAUUUGAAUGAGCUAGAUCUGUCCAUUAACCAUCUAAAUGGUUCCAUCCCUUCCACUAUAGGAAAUCUGACAAAGCUUUCCAUCUUGUACCUGGACCAAAAUCGAAUCUCUGGCUCCAUUCCUUCACAAAUCGGGAAUCUACAAGCUCUGGUUGAGUUGACAUUGUUCCAAAACAAUCUGACUGGUCAGAUCCCUCCUGCUUUAGGUAAUUUGACCAUGCUCAGAAUUUUGUAUUCAUCCAGAAAUCAAAUUUCAGGCACAAUCCCUGGAGAGUUAGGGAAUCUCAAGAAUUUGGUCGAGUUGACGUUGUACCAAAACAAUUUGACUGGUCAGAUCCCUCCAGCUUUAGGGAAUCUGGUUAAUCUCAAGGAGCUUGACAUGUCUAUUAACCUUCUAACAGGUUCUAUCCCUUCCACUUUAGGGAACUUGACCAAGCUUAUUGUUUUGUACCUUGAUGACUGUCAAUUAUCUGGUUCCUUGCCUCAAGAAAUGACAAACAUGACAAAUCUUUCUGAACUCCAGUUGGAUGGCAACAACUUCUCUGGCCAUUUACCUCAUUUAUGCCAUGGUGGAUCUCUUAAAGCCUUCACUGCUUUCAACAACCAUUUCACCGGUGAGAUCCCAAGAACCUUCAGAAAUUGCACUAGCUUAAUGAGAGUGCGACUCAAUGGAAACCAACUUGCUGCAAAUGCAUCGGAAGCCUUUGGUGUAUACCCUCACCUCAUAUUCAUGGAUGUCAGUGACAACAUGUUGUUUGGUGAACUCUCACCACAUUGGGGAGAAUGCCAAAACUUAACAACGCUACAACUCUCCGAGAACAAUAUCACUGGUAGAAUUCCUCUUGAGGUUGGGCAGUUGGGGCAGCUAAGAGUGCUUGAUCUUUCUUCGAACCAUUUAGUAGGAGAGAUUCCAAAGGAAUUUGGGAGGCUGACUUUUUUGUUCAACUUGACUUUAAAUGAUAACCAGCUUUCUGGUCAGUUACCACAAGAAAUUGGAAACCUAUCCAAUUUGGAGAUUCUGGAUCUGUCAAUGAAUUGCCUAAGUGGUCCAAUACCACCUCAAUUAGGGGAUUGCUCCAAACUCCGUUUUCUAAAAUUGAGUGAAAAUGUUUUGAAUGGAAGCAUUCCUUUUCAGAUUGGUAACCUAGUAUACCUACAGGGCUUACUAGAUCUAAGUCAUAACUCCCUCAAUGGAAAGAUACCUCCGCAACUCGCGAAAUUGGUUAGUUUGGAAAUUUUAAACCUCUCUCACAACAUCUUGUCAGGUUCCAUUCCGACUUCUUUUGGUGGGUUGGUCAGCUUACAAUCCAUUGAUUUUUCAUACAAUGUUUUGGAAGGUCAUCUUCCUAACAGCAAAGCCUUUAAGAAGGCUCCAGCAGAUGCAUUUAUAAAAAACAAAGGCUUAUGUGGUGAAGUGCAAGGUUUGCGACCUUGCAAUGCCUCUUCAAUAAGUCAUGGUCAUGCAAGGAAAUGCCACAAAGUUGUGAUCCUCAUCAUUCUUCUCUUCUCAGUAUUGUUUCUUUUAUUUGCAAUCGUCGGUAUAAUUUCUUCCAUUUAUUAUCAAAGAAGAAGAAGAAUAGAAAAAGGGGUUCUUGAAAGGAGCAAAGGAAAUACAUUUUCAACAUGGAAUUAUGAUGGGAUUUCUACAUUUGAAGACAUUGUAGAGGUGACAGAGGGUUUUGAUGAUAAAUACUGCAUUGGAACUGGAGGGUAUGGAAAAGUUUACAAAGCAAAUCUACCAGCAGGCCAGGUAGUAGCUGUGAAGAAACUUCAUCCACUCGAAGGUGGAAAUCAAUCUGAUGAAAGAAGUUUUAGGAAUGAGAUACAAGCAUUAAUGGAAAUACGUCAUCGCAACAUUGUGAAACUUUAUGGCUUCUGUUCCCAUGCUCAAUUCUCAUUUCUAGUUUACGAGUAUAUGGAAAGGGGAAGCUUGGCAAGCAUCCUAAGCAACGAUGAAGGAUCUGCACAGUUGGACUGGACUCUAAGGGUGAAGGUUAUCAAAUGUGUGGCCCAUGCUUUAUCUUACAUGCACCAUGAUUGUACCCUGCCAAUUGUCCAUCGAGACCUAUCAAGCAACAAUGUUUUAUUGAAUUCAGAACUUGUGGCUAGUGUCUCUGACUUUGGAACUGCACGAUUGUUGAUACCUGAUUCCUCAAAUUGGACUACACUCGUAGGCACUUGUGGAUACAUCGCUCCAGAGCUUGCAUAUACAAUGAGGGUGACUGAAAAAUGCGACGUAUAUAGCUUUGGCGUUGUGGCACUUGAAGUGAUGAUGGGAAGUCAUCCUGGGGAGCUCAUCUCCUCUUUGUCAUCAUCAAGUGGACAAGAUACACUGCUAAAAGAUAUGUUGGACCCACGUCUCUCAGAUCCGAUGGCUGAUGUUGCACAGGAAGUCUUAUUUGUGGUAUCGAUGGCUCUUGCAUGCAUUCGGCCAGAUCCAGACUCUCGGCCAACCAUGCGACAUGUGGCUCAGGAGCUUUCUAUUAGAGGGCCUUCUUUCUCUCUACAGCCAUUCCAUGCAGUUACAUUACGUCAACUGAUGGAUCUGAAGGUAUAGUUGGGUGGAUGAAAAUCACCAGGUUUGUGGACAUGUG